AUAGAAUUUUUAUAUCUCUAUUUUUAUAUAUAAUUUUUUUAGGGCUUUGGGCUUUUUCAGGGUGGGAUAUGUAUGAAUCUGCUGAAUAAGACAGAAUGAUCCCUAUUAUAGUAUAACAGUGUACUACACUAUACUAGUGAAACGUCUUUCACCAUCAAAAAUUUACACGUCCGUGCUGAUUGCUUUAACGCUAGUGGAAACUACAUUUUCUAGACUGAUUUCACAUCAAAAAGCCACACACACAUUUCAAUUAUAUCUCAGUAAAACUGGGGGCCGGCGGAGCAACACACACACAAAUGUUUGUCCCUUUGAGAGAUAAAAGUGGCCAGUAAAGCAAACUGAAUGGUUUGUAGUUUUUCAUCCUCCAAAGUUUCAACAUAGCCGUAGUUCUAAAGAAUUGUCAGUUGUGUGUUCUUCAAAGAUAGAGUAAUAAAUUGUAUAGCUGAACAGAUCUUUAUACUUUUGGAAUCUCAAAGUUGGAGAAAACCUGAAUACCAGAUGGUCCUUUAGCAGCCUCUAGUCUGACUCUUCGGGGACCAGAAUCUACUUCCACCUUUGGGCAGCUCUGCCAUCCUAGUUGGUUCUCUGUUUCUUCCCUUCAUUUGUCUUAUUAACUCUUGGGGCCAGACAUUUAACUACCGUAUUGUGAUGACUCCCAGUAUCUUCUCCUUCCUAUCCCCAGUCAAUUCACUCAUCAUAUAUCGUGGCUUCAGUUGUCUUUACCAUCCAAGACCCUUUUCUCCAAAUGCUCUGGUUUUCUCUAUCUUUCUUAAAGUAUACGACCCAGAACUGAACAUUUAUAGGUAGCAAAACUGUCAUGUCCUUUGUUCUAGUUAAUAUUCUUCUUCUGUAUAACAUCCAGAUAUUGGACUAGCUUUUCUGACACCCACAUGAUAUUGUUGGAGUCCUUUGAGGUUUUUUCCUGCUGUUAAGCAUUCUUGCCCCAUCCUGCACUUGUGCGGUUGGUGUUUUGUUUAACCUAGUUUGCAGGACCUUCCUUUAUUCUUAUGAAGUUUUCUUGUGUUGGAUUCAUUAACCUAUUGAGAUGUUUUUGGAUUCGUCCAAGAUAGAUUUGCUGUCUUUUUCUUUCUGAUCACUCCAAAGUUUGAUAUGUAAAUCUAUAUUGAAUGAAACAAGCCUGAGGACAACAGCCUGUAGAAGGCCUCAGAAACUUCUCUUCAGCGUGAUAUGAAUUGACCACUGACCGUAUUAAUCAACACCCUUUAGGUAAGAAUUUCAGCGAUUAACUGGUCCAUCUAUCUGCCCAUUUGUCCCCAGAGUUAUCUGUAAGGAUAUCAUAGGAUCUUACAUUCCUUGCUGAAGUCUUGCAUUUCCCUAAUGUUAGUUGAGUAACUGCCCCAAAAGUUCAUGAAGUUAAGUCAAAUCUGCUGAUUCAGAGUGAACUGUGUUCUUUCCUAAAGGCUUAAAAAACAUUAUCAUUAUAAUAAGGGUCUAUUCUAGGGCCUUGCCUGGGACCAGUAUCAAAUUUUCACCAUCUUUUACCUCUUCCCAAAGUUGGAAUGGCAGUCACCCUUUCUGACGUUGUGGCCAGUGCACUACUCCACACUUCUGUAAUAACUUACAGUGGGCCACCCAGAAAUAUUCUUAGAUUUUCAGUAUAUUUUGUUUUCAGCAUAAAAUAGGAAACAAAGUUCUUAUUGGCCCUAUCACUUCUAUGUAAGUCAACUUAUUUGAAAUUUUCACUUUGACCCUAUUCCUAUAGGUACAUGAAAAUUUCUGGUGUUUAUUUAUGUUUAUGGUGGUUUUUUGCAUCAUUUAUGCAUUUCUGAAAUUCUGAACAUUCUUGCAUUCUUACAUUUCUUCCUGUGCAAACUGUUAGUUUCUUGUUUUUGUUAUUUUUUUUAGGUACAUCUCCCUUUUUUAUUCUGCAUGUAUGUGAUUCUUCAGUAAACAAAUAUUUUAAAAAAUAACCCAAAUGCAUUAAAAAAGUAUUAAAACUACAGCUUGGCUGACAGCCUAUGGCCAAGUGCAGCAUGUAGACUGGGAAGAGCAAAACAGUGCCACAUGCAGAAGGAUGCUAUUCACAUCAAAGGCUGUGGGGACUUAUCAUAUCACAAGUUUCCGGCAAGUAGCAGGAAAGUGUUCUUACUAAAAAAAUUAGUAUAGUUAUAUUGCAACAAAUAUCUGACAGGUGGAAGUAAAAUGAUUCCAGAAAGGAGUGCUUUGGGGAGAGUUUUUUUAAAUUGCCAAAGAUGCCAAACGGGCUAGUGGCAGCCCUGGAGCCUUGUGUUUGCUCUGAGAAAGGAGACAAUGUAGCUUCUCUCUUUACAUUCUUCCCUAUGUGUAUUAUAUCCUCUUUCCCUUAAAAAACGGGAGAAGGCGGCACUUGGAGGAGUGUGGCAGGGGAAUUGAGCUGCAUGUCGGCAAUCAUAAAGGACCGGCUUUGAGUUUCUAGCCUUGAGUUCAGACUUCUUGGAAGGGCCUCUCUGUUACACACUCUGGAUGCCCUUUUAUCUCAUUUUCUUGACUUCCUCAGUAACUAGGGCUCCAAGAAUCGCAAGUAAGAAAGAAAGAAUGGAAAGGAAGAGACUGCCCCAGGUGUAGACAGAUUUGUAAAUUUCUGCAGAUAUAUGUAUUAUAUAUAAUGUAUAUAUAGAUAGUAUAUUUAUUUUUUGCACAUUUCUGUAUGUAUGCUCUGCUUAAAUAAAAAUUUAUUUUUAAAAAAGAACCUUGAUUGAUGCAAUAGACUUCACAUGUAUUUAUUUAUAUUCAUAUGAAGUUUUUAUUAAUAGAACAUAUGAAAAUAGUUGAAUAGAUGUGGUGGGUAUUCUUUGCAUAGUAUGAACUAACAUGCAGGUUACAUGUCUCAUGAAAACCCAGUUUCAGGGUAGUGGAGGAGAAAGGGGAACCUUAAAGAGAUAAGCGGCAUUUUAAUCAGGGUAAGCUAAACUGCUGUAACAACCAACCAAACCUCUAAUGGUUCAAGCAAUAGAAUUUUUUUCUUGCUCACGUAUAGACCAGGAUGGGUGUUCCAGGUAAGUGUGCUUCUCUCUUCUAUGUGGUGAUUCAAGUAUGAGAUUUUUUCCAUCUUGUAGCUGCAUCAUCACCCAGGGCCUUGUCAUCUGUGUCCAAACAGCAGAAGGGGAAAGGGAGCAAGGAAAAGGUACCCCUGCUCCUGAAAAGUCUCACUAAAUUUAAGGGGGAUUGAAACCAUACAAGGUGUAUUCUCUGACCACAGUGGAAUUAACCUAGAAAUCAAUAACAGAAAGAUAAGAACAACACAUUUUUAAAUAGUCCAUGUGCCAAAGAAUAAAUUACAAGAGAAAUUAGAAAAUAUCUUGAACAGAAUGAAAAUGAAAAUCACAACAUACCAAAGUUUGUGGGCUGCAGUUAAGGCAAUACUUCGAGGGAAAUUUAUAGCUUUAAACACUUAUGUUAGAAAGAAUGUAAGGUCUCAAAUUAAUUAACUUUCCAACUUAAGUACUUGCAAAUCCAAGAAAGGAAGGAAACAGUAAGGAUAACAGAAAUGAAUGAAAUAGAAAACUGAAAAUCAAAAUAUCAAAUCAAAAGCUGGCUCUUUGAAAAUAUCAAUAAAAUUGAUAAGCUUUAACCAGACUGAUAGGAAAAAACAAACUCAGGAAUUAUCAAUAUCAGAAAUGAAAGGGGCCAUAUCACCAUGGAUCCUACAGACAUUAAAAGAAAAGAAUCAUGAAAAAUUUUAUGCCAAUGAAAUUGAUACCUUAGAGGAAACAUUUGAAAAUCAAUCAAUGUAAUUAAACACUGGGAGUCAAAAAAGAAAACCAUAUCAUCUCAUUUCAUUCAGAAAAAGCAUUUGACAAAAUUCAGGACCCAUUUGUGAUAGAAAACCUCAGCAAACUACAAAUAAAAGAGAACUUGCUCAACCUGAUAAAGGGUAAUUACGUAACACCUAAACCUAACAUCAUCCUUAAUGGCAAUAGACUGAAUACUUCCUCUCUAAUGCACUGAACAAAGCAAGAAUGUCUGUUCUCACCACUUGUAUUCAAUAUUGACUGGAGAUUUUAGCCAGUGCAACAAGACAAAAAAGGAAAUAAAAAACAUACAAAUUAGAAAGAAAGACACAUAAAACUGUCUUUAUUUGCAGAUGACAUGAUUGUGUAAGUCGAAAAUGAUAAGGAAUCUAUAAGAUACUGCAGUUAAUAAGCUUAGCAAGGUUCUAGGAUACAAGGUCAAUUUACCAAAAUAUUUUGAUUUCUAUAUAUGAAGAGCAACCAAUUGAAAAUCGAAAAAAUCAAUAACAUUUACAAUAGCAUCAAAUACCAUGAAACACUUGGAGAUAAAUUUAAUGAAAUGUGUGCAAGACCUGAACAUGGAAAACUACAAGCCAUUUUGAGAGAAAUCAAAGAAGAUCUAAAAUGAAGAGAGAGACCAUGUUCUUGGAUGAAAGAUUCAAUAUGGUUAAGAUGUCAAUUAUCCCCAAAUUGAUUUAUAGAUUAAAGGAAACCCUAAUCAAAGUGCUUAGCAGCCAUUUUUUGAUAGAAUUUGACAAACUGAGUCUAAAAUUUAUGUAGAAAUGCAAAUGGACCUAGAAUAGUCAAAACAACUUUGAUAAGAGGAUGAAGCUGUAGGAUUCCUAUCUACCUGAUUGCAAGAAACACUAUAAAGCUACAGUAAUUAAGAUAAUGUGCUUUUGGUGUCAGGCUAUAUGUGUAUCAGUGGAACACAAUAGAGAGUCCAGAAAUAGAUUGUGCAACUAUGGUCACUUGAUUUUUCACAAAGCUAACACAGUAAUUCAAGGGGGAAAGGAAAGUCUUUUCAACAAAUGGUUCUAGAACAAACGCAUAGCUAUAUUGCAAAAAAAAAACAAGCUUGACUCCCUUAUCUCAUGCCACACAAAGAUCAACUUGAAAUGAAUCACAGACUUAAGUGUAAGAGCUAAAACUAAAAUUUCUAGAUGAAAACAUUGGAGUAACUUUGGGUUGGGCAAAGCUCGGAUAAGAAUUACAAACUUCUCUUCAAUAGACACUGUUAAGAAAAUGAAAAGUCAAGCUUAGGCAAAGCAUACCUGAUAAAGGACUUGUGUUUGUGAUAGACAAAUUUUAAAAAUGGAUAGAAUAUUGAAAAAUUGAGCAUUUCACCAAAGAUAUACAAAUGGCGAAUAAGCGCCAGUGCUCAAAGUGAUUAGUCGUUGAGGAAAUGCAGAUUGUAGUACCAGGACGGAAGUUACAAAGACUGGCAUUUCCAAUUGUCAGCAAUAAUGUGGAGCAAAGGGAACACUCGCAUGCUGCUCAUGGGAAGGUAAAAAGGUCCAACUACUUUAGAAAACAGUUGGGCAGUUUCUUAAAAACUUAAAUAUUACACUAACUUUAUGACCCAGCACUUCCACUCCUCAGUAUUUACUCAAGAGAAAUGAAAACAUAUGUCCACAUAAAAAUCUACGUGAAUGUUUAUAAGAGCUUUAUUUGUGAUAGUCCAAGAUUGGAAACACUCUGCUAGUCCAUCAACUGGUGAAAAGAUAAACCACAUCCAUACAAUGAAUGCUAUUUAGCAAUAAUAAAAAGGAACAAACUACUUAUUCAGGCAACAACAUGGGUGAACCUCAAAAGCAUUAUGCUAAAUGAAAGAAGAUAGACACAAAGACUACAUACUGUCUGAUUCCAUUUACCUGAAAUUUGAGAAAAGGCAAAAUUACAGUGAGCAGAUAAGUUGUUGCCAGGGGCGGGGUCUAACAGGAGGGGAUUGACUACAAAAGGGCAUGAGGGAACUUUUAGGAGUGAUGGAACUGUUGUCAUGAUUGUGAUGGUGGUGACAUAACUGUAUCCAUUUGUCAAAACUCAUCAAGUUAUACACCUAAAUUAAGUGGUCAGUACGUAUUUUAUACCUAAUUAAUCUGAAUAGAAGACAAAAAAUCGUGUUAAUGUAGAUUUGGGUUUAUUCUUUCUUUCAAAUCUGUUUUAUGUUUAAGAAUUUUUCAUGUUAAUACAUUUCAAAAGAUAUGAACUUGAGAUGAAAUUCAUGAGAUAAGAAUACUCCAAAUUUUCUGCCCUGAGUUACUUUUCACAUGGGCCCCUCUAUGUGACCUGCUUAGGGUAAGUAUCACCAGGGAUUUAUGUAUUUAUUUAGUAGUUUUGUGUAUCUAUGAAUGUAUUUAUUACCUAAUUAAAUAAUAGUUUUCUUGAGCAGCUGCUGGGAUCUGCUGGGAUGAUGGUAGGUUGGAGUGAGAAGGAAGCUUUGCUAAAUAAUCCAUUUAUAUGGGCUGAAUUAUAUGAUAUUGAUGGCUAUAAAUUGAUCAAGGCCACUUUAUUAUGGAAUCCCAUCUGCUACCCUCCCACAACAAUCAGGAAGACUUAGUAAUAGAACAUGACUUUAAAAUCUGGUAAAAGUAAAAAAAAAAAAGUCUUGUAAAAGUGAUUAAAAUUUUAUUGAAAUAGAGCUACAGAAAAUGCCCAUAGUUGAUUUUCUCUUUUCAAGAGCCACGGUUUUGGACGUUUUAGAACAGUCCCUUUUGCAUGACAUCCUCACUUACGCCACAUUGCCAAAGCCAAAAACACUUUUACUUACUGCUUGUAAGGAAGAGAGUUUUAUUUAUUUUAAAACAAAUUUUAAAAUUUUAAUUAUGACUUUCAUUUUUACAUCUCCUUAAACUUAGGAAAGUGGGCCUCUACCUUUCAAGCAAAGACAGUUGCCUUUCUGGUAAAAAGGUGUAUGGGCUUAGGGUGACAUCCUCUGAGCCUUUUUGGAGUGAUAACUUUUUUGGUAAUGAUCCACUGACAUAUUUAGUUAUUGCUCUUUAUUCUGUAGAUCAAGGAUCAACACACUUUGUCUCUAAAGGGCCAGAGAGUAAAUAUUUUAGGCUUUGAGGGCCGUGUGAUCUCUGUCUCUCAACUCUUCUGUUGUGGCAAGCAGCCACAUAAACAAAUGAAAGUGGCUGUGUUCCAAUAAAACUUUAUUUACAGAAACAUGUAUUGGGCUGGAUUUGACCUGGGACAAAGUUUGCUGAUCCUUCCUGUAGAUUAUAGACACUCCCCAGAACAAAUCUGCUACUUGUUGUGGCAAAGUAUAUUUGUAUAGUCAAAUAACGUGGGUACUUCUGUGAAGAGAACUAAUAACUGCAUGAUAAUGACGGGGUUCAGGACAUGCUACCCCAAAAUAUGGCACCUUGGCAUGUUGAAUAUUUCAAGCUGAAGGAAUUUGAGAAAUGGCAUGGGCCACCUUACUGAUCUUCCCCUGAAGCAGGUCAUAAAACCCUCUUGUGAGAGGUUUAUGCCCUCCCUGUACCAGGAGAAAGGGACCAUCCUUAUCUCCAAAGACAAAGGGACACAGAGGGGAUGUGAAUGACUUUUAGCUUGGCUGAGUUUCCCCAGUUUACUAGUUACCUCAUACCCUAUGUCCUAUUUUAUCUUUCCACAACUCUCCACUCUUCAUCAAACCUAGCGUAAAAGCACUUGGGCUUAACCAUUUCCUCGGUCUUCAUUUCCUUAUGAAAUCUCCCAUGUCACAUAAAACUUACAUUAAAUGAAUUUUUAUGCUUUUCUGUUCUUAAUCCGUCUUUUGUUACAGCAGUGUCAGUUGAGAACAUAGAAGGGUAGAGGAAAAGGAUAUUAUUCCUCCUCUACAAUAAUAAAGUGUGCAUUGCAAAGGCUUCAUAUCAGAAAAUCAGCAUAUGCAUAUUUGGGGAUUCUGCAUGAUUAACUCGUGUACAAAGAUCUCCAAUUUCUGGAAAAUAUGAAGAUAAUUGUCAAGAUAGCUUACAAAAUAUUUCACAUAUUUGACCAUGACUUGGCUCGAUAAAGUGUACUUUAGUGACAAGUGUAGAAUUCAGAGAGUAGGUUUUACUUUUACUUUGUUUCUUCUUCUAUAAGAUUAUAGAAUCUUUUUUAUGUUUAGCAGGUAACCAAAGAUGACCACUACUCUUGUUAAAACAUUCCAACAACCAAAUUCACUCCUGUUGAAGACUUAGUUCCAUAAUUUCUCAUUUUUGGUUGUAAGGAGUAGAUAAGGACAUGACUAGCAUCUAUGACUAGAAGGUAUACAAUUUGUGGUUCUCCCCAUAUUUAGAUCAUUUCCCCUGAUUUAAAGCAGUUAGAAAUUAAGGACUUCCAAAUGAUAAAUUAUGAUUCAAGUAAAGAUACUAUCAUUAAAUAGAGCCUAGAAGAGCUAAGAGUCUUUGUCCUCAUGGUCUUAUCAUUCCAAUCAAACAAAUAUUUUAAAAAGUGGAAAAAGAGGAAAUAGAAAAAGGAUAUGAUGGUAGACAUUAUUAUGCUCUGCUGCUUCUGUUCUCUUCCUACUCGGUGUUUACUAUCAAAGAGAACUAAUAUUUAUUUCUUAUUUAGUGAGAGAAGUUUCCAGCUGCCUCUAGAGAUAACUGAGGAUAGAAAAAUUAGCUCCAAGCAGAUCAUUCUUGUUUUGUGAAGAAUAAUUUGAGAAGUUCCCUUUAGUUCCGUAAACGUAGUGAGUAGACCCCAUUGUCCUGAUACUUAGUACUUAAUAAUAAUGGUUAUUAUAAUAAUUAUAAUGUUAACAAUGGCGAUUUUUAUCAAUGACAUAGGCCUCACUGAGUGAAGCUCUUUGCUGGGGAGGAAGCUGACCAAUCUUUACAAGAGGAGCCUGUUACCACUGUCCUCACAGCAACUCUAUGAAUGGGACACCCACAUUUGGGACAAAGCCAGAAUGCUAUGAGGAAGCCCGGAGUAGCCAAUGUGGAGAGACUACACAGAGAGGUCCAUGUGGAGAGAACUGAGAUCCCUUAGCCGAUUGCCAGCAUCAACUUCACCAAAGAGAUGUGUGGAUGGCAAAUAAGCACUGAAAAGAUAUUCUACAUCAUUAGUCAUUAGGGACAUACAAAUUAAAAUCACAGUGAAAUACUGCUACCUACCUACUAGAAUCACUGAAAUUAAACAGACUGAAAAUAGCAAGUGCUGACAAGGAUGUGGAAGAAGUGGAAUGCUGAUACACUGCUGAAGUGAGGGAACAGAGGCUUAAAGAAGCUGGCAGAUUUGUCUGAGAUCGAGCAGAGAGCAAGUGGUAGAGGCACGGCUUGAAUCUUACUUCUUCUGACUUAAAAUUUCACUCAUUGAACUGUACCAAGGAAGGCACUCUGCAGGGGUAAGACCGUGAGACAUGGCUGAGGACAAAAGCAAGAAAGACUCCAUCGGAAUGAGUAUAAAGGGAGGCCAGACAAACAACGGGUUUGUCCAAAAUGAAGACAUCCUAGAGAGGGACCCGGAUCCAGACAGCCCAGCCGACAGCCCACAGCACACUGCCCUGCACAUCCUUGGCCCCGCAGAGCCCGACCUGAAGGACAUCCGGCCCUAUGCAGGGAUGCCCAAGGAGGUGCUAUUCCAGUUCUCGCACCAGGCCCGCUACCGGGUGCCCCGGGAGAUCAUCUUCUGGCUCACGGUGGCUUCCGUGCUUGUGCUCACUGGGGCCACCGUAGCCAUCAUCGCCAUCUCUCCAAAGUGCCUUGACUGGUGGCAGGCUGGGCCCAUGUACCAGAUCUACCCGAGAUCUUUCAAGGACAGUGACAAGGAUGGGAACGGAGAUCUAAAAGGUAUUCAAGAUAAACUGGACUACAUCGCAACUUUAAAUAUAAAAACUAUUUGGAUUACUUCAUUUUAUAAAUCAUCCCUUAAAGAUUUCCGACAUGGUGUUGAAGAUUUCCGAGACAUCGAUCCCAUUUUUGGAACAAUGGAAGAUUUUGAGAAUCUGCUUGCAGCCAUACAUGAUAAAGGUUUAAAAUUAAUAAUUGAUUUCAUACCAAACCACACGAGUGAUAAACAUCCUUGGUUUCAGUUGAGUCGGACCCGGACAGGGAAAUAUACGGAUUAUUAUAUCUGGCAUGACUGUACUCAGGAAAAUGGUAUAACCAAACCACCCAACAACUGGUUAAGCGUAUAUGGAAACUCCAGUUGGCACUUUGACGAAGUACGAAACCAAUGUUAUUUUCACCAGUUUAUGAAAGAGCAACCUGAUUUAAAUUUCCGCAGUUCUGAUGUUCAAGAAGAAAUAAAAGAAAUUAUACAGUUCUGGCUCGCCAAGGGUGUUGAUGGCUUUAGUUUUGAUGCUGUUAAAUUUCUUCUAGAAGCAAAGCAUUUGAGAGAUGAGCCCCAAGUGAAUAAGACCCAAAUGCCGGACACCAUCACACACUACGCGGAACUGUACCAUGAUUUCACCACCACGCAGGUGGGAAUGCAUGACAUUGUCCGGAGCUUCCGGCAGACGAUGAACCAAUACAGCAGUGAGCCUGGGAGGUACAGGUUCAUGGGGACUGAAGCCAAUGGAGAGAGAAUUGACAGGACCAUGAUGUACUACGGGUUGCCUUUUAUCGAAGAAGCAGAUUUUCCCUUCAACGAUUACCUCACGAAGCUGGAAACUCCUUCUGGGAGCACUGUGUUUGAGAUUAUCACAUCCUGGAUGGAAAACAUGCCAGAAGGAAAAUGGCCUAACUGGAUGAUCAGUGGACCAGACAAUGCCCGGCUGAUUUCUCGUCUGGGGAAAGAGUAUGUCAACGUCAUGAACAUGCUUGUUUUCACACUCCCUGGAACUCCCAUAACUUACUAUGGGGAAGAAAUAGGAAUGGGAAAUAUUUUAGCCACAAAUCUCAACGAAAGCUAUAAUGUUGAUACCCUUUUCUCAAAGUCACCAAUGCAGUGGGACAAUAGCUCGAAUGCUGGUUUUUCUGAAGGCAAUCAUACCUGGUUACCUACCAGUUCAGAUUACCACACUGUGAAUGUUGAUGUCCAAAAGACUCAGCCCACAUCAGCAUUGAAGUUAUAUCAAGAAUUAAGUUUGCUUCAUGCCAAUGAGCUGCUCCUUAGCAGGGGCUGGUUUUGUCAUCUGAGGAAUGACAGCCACUCUGUCAUGUACACAAGAGAGCUGGAUGGCAUUGACACAGUCUUUCUCGUGGUUCUGAAUUUUGGAGAAUCAUCACUGCUAAAUCUAAAGGAAAUGAUUUCAGAUAUUCCCACAAGAGUGAGGAUAAGGUUAAGUACCAAUUCUGCCUACAAACGCAGUGAAGUUGACACGUCUGCCAUUGUAUUAGACAAGGGAGAAGGACACAUCCUUGAAUACAACACGAAGAAUCUUCUUCAUCACCAAACUGCUUUCAGAGACAGAUGUUUUAUUUCCAAUCGGGCAUGCUAUUCCAGUGUGUUUAACAUACUGUACAGCUUGUGUUAGGGCGCUUCUAUGAAACAGAUGAAGACACUAGCAUUCUGUUCUCUCACAAGCAUUUGCAGUAACUUCAUGUACAGUCAUUAAUUCUUAGUUAUUUCUGUAGUUUGAAUGUAACUGCUUUAGGAAAGGUUCUCAAAUGUUUCUAAAGAAUAAUAAAAUGUUUAAAAGAAAAU